CUCUUUAAUAAGAAGCACUUUCGCUUGCCAAUUUUGGCUGAUUGUGACAAUUAUGCCCUUCAAUUGUUGGCCUUAUGUAUUGCUGCGGUUGCCCAUAAUUGUAAUUUACCACUUUCCCCACGUGGCACGAUGUUCUCACUUGAUGACUUUCCACAGUACCAAAAAGAACGCGCCAUCCCAUUUUGCAGAUGGCGACAACCACGAAGAAAACCCUCCUCUUCCCACCUCCUCCGCUAUUUCUCUCUCUUCUGCAUCCGCCCAACUUCCUCCGCCUCGCUCCAAACUCCGGAGACCACCUUCUGUGGCCUCCUUUUGAGACGAUAUUGCUCGAUGGAAAGGUUCACGGAUCGCUGGCUCAUGCUGGUAAGGUGAGAGGCCAAACCCCGAAGGUGUCCAAACAUGACAAAAAGAAGAAGCCAAGUGGCAGGGCUCACAAGCGCAUGCAGUACGACCGUCACUUCGUUACCGCCAGUAAUCAUCUUUUAAUAUUUUAGUUUCUAAUGUUUUCCCCCUUCUUGAUUUCUAUUGCAUGUUAGUACUAAUGGUUUCAUUGUUUCGAAAUCAUAGAGUACUUCUGAUUUGUUGAUUAUGUGCCAGUUUUUUCAAAAAUUCCUCUGUUCGCUAUGCUUGGCUGGUUUUGAUGUUUUUUCCCUUCUUCAUUUCUGUUGCAUGCUUGCUUUUUCCCCCUUUCUGAUUUCUGUUGCAUGUUAGUAUUGAGGGUCUUGACGUAGGGUUUUUCAGAAAUUUCACUGUCUGGUAUACUUGAUUGGUUUAGUAAGUGCAGUAUUAGAAAGUGAGGAGUAAGUAAAAAUAUAGUCUGAUUUGUUUGUGUGUUCAACUACUAUUAAUAUAAUAACUUCUAAUUUAAUAUGUGUUGACUUGUUUUUAAUUGCUAAAGUACUUGUUUUUAUAUAUGAUGAUUAGAAUAUACAUAUGUUGACUUGUGAGUAUCAUAGAUUAACCUUGGAAGAAGUGGAUGAGAAGACGAAGCCUUUCCAAGCAUCUAUUAAUUUUGUUGUUGGGCUUUGUGGUUAAACCAAAAGGAAUGUUUUGUUAAGGACUAGUCUUACUAACCGAGAGCCACAUUAGGCACAUGUUGCAGUGCAUUAGCAGACUAUCAAAAUGGAUUACUUAGCUGUUUUCAGUUCUGGAUAUGAUGCCUGUUUUGUUUGGACCAUUUAUAACUUUUAGGUCUUCUACAGACUAAAAUAUUUUAUCAAUUUCCUGAGGUAAUAUGUGUAUAUGGUGAUGUCUAUUUUGACAAGGUUGAUCCAUUGCAACCUGAAAUUCUGAAGAGAACGUAUUCGCAAAUUGAUCCAAAAUACUUUUUGGAGCAUUUAUCUGUUUUGACUUGUGAAAGCUUUGCAGUUUCCAGAUAGAAGCUAAAUUGUUUGGAGGUAUCUAUGUGGGGCACUACCCUCGCUAAAAUGGAGCAAUUCAGAAUGAACAAAGAAAAAAAAAGAUUUAAGCAAGUAUAUAAGACCAGUGGAUGGAUUCGGAACAACUAGACCUAGGGCUAUUUCAAUUGCAAAGCUCUGAUUCCUAUCUCACCCACCACCCUCCAUUGUGAUGAAAAAAUAUAUGUACUUAAGUUCUUUUGAAUCGAUCUCAUUCUUUUUUGUGUUAAUUUUUAAAUUUUUUUCUACGUUUGAGUGGAUUUGGUUACUCUAAGUUGAGGAAUGUAUUUGUCAAUGAACAAGGGUUUUCUAGCCGCAAAAGCUUUAUCAAAGCAUACCUCAAAUCUUCGGUUACAUGUUCUUGUAAUUACUUGAAUCUUUGCGUAUACAUUCUCUGAGUUGGAAUUUUUUCUUUUGUUUCAUUCCCAAAUCUGGUGAAUUGGGCUGAUAUUUCUCACUCUCCACUCCUCCAAGCCCUUUGUAAAAAAACAAAUCAAAAAAAAAAAAAAACCCUCUCUUCCUCCCAAAAUCUCUUUUAUUCUGCAUAUAAUCUUUGUAUAUAUGUUUUUCUUGGCUGUAGAGAGGUUAAGAAGUGCUGGAAGCCAUGCGCGUCCCGUGGAGAAGCAGAAUCGGCUCUCCGA